GAUGAAUAUGAAGAGGAAGAGGAGAGGGAGAGGAGAUGAAGAGGAAGAGGAGAGGGAAGCUGCUGUGCUUCAGCCCCUGCUGUGAUGUUUCUUGCAGGGCCCAGAGGCUGAAGUUCAGGCUGAAUCUCUACGAGCUGAAGGAAGGGAGGCAGAUCAAACCCCAGACCUUCAUGAGCAUGGUGUCCAACCUGCUCUACGAGAGGAGGUUCGGUCCCUACUACACGGAGCCGGUGAUCGCGGGGCUGGACCCGCUCAGCCACGAGCCCUUCAUCUGCUCCCUCGACCUCAUCGGCUGCCCCAUGGUCACCGACGACUUCGUGGUCAGCGGCACCUGCUCCGAGCAGAUGUACGGGAUGUGCGAGUCCCUGUGGGAGCCUGACAUGGUGAGCGGGGCUGGGAUCCCCUGGGACCUUCCUGGGAUCUCCUGGGAUCCACUGGGACCUUCCUGGGAUCUUCUGGGAUCCCCUGGGACCUUCCUGGGAUCUCCCCUGGGGUUCCCCUGGGAUCCCCUGGGACCUUCCUGGGAUCUUCUGGGGUCCCCUGGGACCUUCUGGGAUCUCCUGGAAUCUCCUGGGUUCCCCCAGGAUCUCCCCUGGGAUUCCCCCAAGAUCCCCUGGGAUCUCCUGGGUUCCCCUGGGAUC